AUGCUCUACGACCUCAACAUCCCGUGGUCGCCAACCACAUCCCCCGCCGACCUCGCCCGCACAAUCUCCUUCGCCUCCUCCCUAGGCUACACAGUUCUCGCCCUCAACCACACAAUAACCCCCCCGAUCCCCUCGCAAAUCACAAACCCGCUCCCAAAGUUUCCCCAACCACCAACAACAACAUCAGCCUCGAGCACAACAUCACCACCACAAAGUACCACCACCACCACCACCUCGUCACAACAAAAACAACAGCCAACAAUCCUCCACCGCGCAACAGUAACCCUCUCAGACCCCUCCCAAAACUACCGCCUCCCAACUCUCGCCCUAGCCUACGACAUCCUCGCCGUCCGCCCCACCACCGAAAAGGCCUUUCAAGCCGCCUGCCUCUCCAUGUCCGAGCCCUCCCUCAUCUCUCUCGACCUGACGCAGCACUACCCCUUCCACUUCCGUCCGAAACCCCUCAUGGCGGCAGUCGCCCGCGGCGUCAAAUUCGAGGUCUGCUACUCCCAGAUCCUCACCUCUUCUUCUUCCUCCUCCUCUGCCGGUAGCAGCAGCGGCAGCAUCGGCCCCCCACCCGACGCCAGAGCCCGCGCAACAUUCGUCUCUAACUUUUCCUCCCUCGUCCGCGCCACAAAAGGCCGCGGCAUCGUCGUCUCCAGCGAGGCGCGCGGCGCGCUCGGCCUCAGAGCGCCCAACGACGUUGUCAAUUUACUCGCCGUGUGGGGUCUGGGCAGCGAAAGGGGCACCGAGGCGUUGGGCGUGAACCCGCGUGGUGUUGUGGUCAACGAGGGGAUCAAGAGGAGCGGGUUCCGCGGUGUGGUGAACGUGCUCGAGGUUGGGGGCCGGGAGAGCGAUGCGAAGAAGAACCAGCAGCAGGGACAGCAGGGGAAGAAGGAUGGGAAGCAAGGGAAGAAGCAAGGUGGUGGUGGUGGUGCGGCUGGUGACAAGGGCAACGCGCAGAAGCGAAAGACGCCUGAUGAGAGUGGCGAUGGUACGCAACCUACGGUUAGCAAGAGGCAGGCCAAGAAGUUGAGGUUGGCUCUCAAGGAACAGGAAAAGGAGGCCUCAUAG